CUACUUCCGAAACAGAUGUACGAUGUACGGCAGCAGGUACCAUUAUUCUCGUGUAAAAAUGGCGUAAACACAUCGUUGAUUCGAGUUCAAAGUCCUAGCGCCCUGCAUGCCUUCAUACUUAAACCGCCAGCCAUAAUUACCCAUCGCAUUCGUUGUCAAUACAUCGACAAGUUAUCACCUAUUAUGCUUAAAGUUGAACUAGACCUAGAUCUAAUGAUGUUAUUGUGUGCAAUAGUCCUAGCUGCCAUAGUUUUACUUUUUGUACUGAUUGACAUUCAGUAUUUUGUGCGAAGUAUCUUCGUUUUGGUAUGGGGAAGAAUUUUCGAACCGAGGAAACGACCCGAUGAACUUACUACAAUUUUUGGUAUGUGUACCACAAGCGAUUUGGACAUUAUUUUUGCGCACAUGAAUAAUGCGAGAUACGUACGCGAAUUAGAUUUUGCACGUUUCCACUUUUACGAUCGAACCGGUAUCUACAAGGCAAUUCUCGGCAAAAAGGGCAACGUCUUGCAAUCGGCGUGCAUUAUAAGAUAUCGUCGUACAAUUCCGUUAUUUACAAUGUACAGAAUUACGACAAAGAUGGUGUACUGGGACGAUAAGUCCAUAUACUUAGAGCAACGAUUUAUAAGUCUGAGGGAUAAGUUUAUUAAGGCCGUGGUCUUCAGCAAGCAGGGUGUUGUAGGUGUCAACGCAGCGGAAAUAGUUAACAAACUUUUGAACAAAGACGACGAUUAUCGUCCAGAGAAGAGUGAAGAACUGGAACACUUCAUUAAAUGUUUAGAUGCAUCUAGUAUGCGGCUGCGGAAGAAAGAUGACUGAUUACAUUGGUUGCUGAUUAUGCAAAUGAACCUUCGACUGCGAAAACCAUCGGUAGUAAACCGUAGCUUCUUAGUACUGUAUUCAUUUUAUAUAAUGGCCAGUCACGGUAUAACUGAAUUUAUUGGUUAAUUGUUAUUGGUUUAUAUAUUAAACGAACUAGUAGCUCGAA